UUACUCAGCGAUUUUUGAAGAUUCUAUUUUACUUAUCUGGUGUGUACUGAAGACGAUCAACGGCGUUAUGGGUUUUUUUAUCGAUUUCAAGUACGAAGACUACCUACCUGACGUUCGCAAGCUUCAAGAAAGAUGUCGCGUUCGCGAUCAUCGUCGAACAGGAGGCGGCGCAGACACUCAUCAUCAUCUUCUGGAUAUCAAGGGAGGAAGCGCUCAAGAACGGGGAGAUCAAAAACUCUGAGAGAUAGAAGACAUAAGUCAAGAUCACCUUCAUCACGGAGAAGAAGGGCGGAGUCAGAAUCUCCAAGGUGGUUUUCGAGACCAUUGUGGGAGCAAAGACGGAAUGAUUUCGCCCCACCGGGAAAUCGAGCGUGGUUUACGGCGGAUCUAAAGGAAGAUAUCUUUAAGCUCCGCCGGGAGAUGGACAAAGUUCUCAAGACACUGGAGCAACUCACACGAAAGACAAGUGAAAAGCAGCCAGCUUCUCCGAACAAGGAAGACACCGCAAACAAGCCUGAGCUAACUCCGGACGCGCUCAAGUCCAUCAUUGAUGAAGCACUGAAGCCGACAAAGAUGAACCAAGGGGGACAGAAUCAAGCUGGUCCAAGCGCAACCGGUCAGAAGAAUGCAGAGGCGGAAGAUGAAGUAGAAAGGAUGGUAUCGGAAGUGCAGAAGGAGGUCAACAACGUGAAGCUACUAAAGUAUGAUAUGGCGGUUGUGAAGGGCGCGUUGCAGAAGAUCAAUGAACCGACUCGUACCUGCACUCCGAUCGUGUCGUCUUCGGUUCAUCCGAACGGAUAUGUGGGGACAAUGGCUGGACUACCAACUUCAGUACAUGGUUGCCACAACAUUCCGAGCCGAAGCAUGCCAAGCAGAAGCGCACCGAACAAAAGCAGAUUGGGACGCGUAAUCCCUCCACACCCCAAGAGAGGACGAACGAAGAUUAAUCUCAACGUGUAUGCAACGAAGUCGAAGGCAAAACGGAGCAUUAAUUUUGGGGUCGAACCGAUGAGGGACAUGCAGCUCCUUCGUCUUCACUACACGGACCUGAAGGUCUUAUGCAAGAUGCAUGACAUCAGGUACAAGGACAAGCCGCAAGCGAUCUCGGCAUUGAGGCAAGUUCCUGGAUUGAUCGCUUACAAGGGGCGGGACUUCAACCGGGAUUCUGAUCUUGAAACACAGAUCAUGCCAGAUCCAGAUAACAUCAAAGUGUCCAAUACAACUGGCGGCGACACAAGCGAGGAUGAUUACGAGAGCCUUAGUACAAGAUCAAGCAAGAGUAAUGAGUAUGACUCAUCCGACAUAUCUUCGAGCGCCGAAGAUCUGUCGGGAAGGUAGAAGACACCUCAGCAUCAGGCGACCUCACCACGACACAGAAGUGGGAGCAGAUACACAGGCUAUCAACGAAAAUUGAGCAACUAGUUAGUACAGGGAGUUUCACUGUGGUGUAGACAAAUGUACGUGGGGAGGACAGGAAGACAGUCCGACACGAGAUGAACUGAACACAUAAACUUGGCCAAUAGAGGAGCACGGCGGAAACUAUACAGUAGGUUGCACUUCAGUACAUGGUAGCCGCAGCAUUCCGAGCCGAAGCAUGCCAAGCAGAAGCGCACCGAACAAAAGCAGAUUGGGACG